UCCACAGAGCGCGCGGCGUCGCAUUUAUCUGUCAAACGCGGUGGCGGCCGGCCGCGACGGAUCCGGUGAUGCGCCGUCGGCUGACGCGCGUCCGUUGAGCGUUGAACCGGCGAAGCGUAGAUCUCAGCGAGAACGCUUCGAGGGAACGUGAUACUGUUUAUCCUCAGACUCGGCCAGUACCGAGAGUGCGACAGAGAAAGCGUGACGCGUGAGCGAGCAGAGCGGUUAACCUUUUGAAUAAGCACGUCUUGUAUUAUGUGAUCGCGAAUCGCGCGACGAGCGAACGACAACACAAGGAACGAUAGAAAGAAAGCCGCGGGGAAAAUGCGGACGCAUACGUGUGCCGAUAUUUUCUGCUGUCUCGUCGUGCUGAUUCUCGUUGUACUGUCGACGUUCGGCCGUGCAGAGAACGAUAAUGGCACGUACCUACGGCGAUGCAACACUUCGGAUCUCAAGGAGGCAUCGUGCGGCAAGAAUCAGAGAUGCCACAUGAUGAACAACACCUCGGUAUGCGAGUGCAUACGAGAAUAUCAUCUUGUUAAUGACGAGUGCAUUAAGACACCAACGGCGACUGCCGAGACUAUUUCUACUACUACUACUAUUACUACUCUUAAGCCAGAACACAGGUCCGAGUCAGGAGGUAGCUCCGUAGCCGCUGGUCUGCUAAUACCGACCUUCCUCAUAGUGAUCGGUGUUCUGCUGUACUUCGGCGCGAGACGGUACAAAUGGCUGCAACGGUUUCGGCAGUAUCGUCACAAUCGUUACGGCAAUGUCCUAGUCACGAGAGACGACGACGACGACGAUGAUCCGCCGAUAGCGUAAGACGACGACAAAUAAAAUUUAAAAAAAAAGUAAAAAAAUUUUUUUUUAAUGCUAGCAAAUGCACAUGUCGCGCGUACAAAGCGCACUUGCUUGAAACUUGAGAGAGUUAAACAAAUGCAAUGCGACUCCUGUCUGCUGAUAGUGCACAUGCACAGUUACGGCCGGGCGACGCUUGUUUCGCUUGUUUAAGGAUCAUUACUGUGCGUGCAAAUAUCAGCAGAGAAGUAUACGAAGUACGCGAGAGGCGAGUGGCGAGAGGCGAAAUGAAUUACGAGGCCAAAUGUAAGAACGCACUCGCGCGAGUAGGUAUGCCUUCCUAAACGGAAACGGUUUGUGAAAUCUGUCCAUCUUAGUCAAAAUUGUAUGUAAUUCAUAUAAUGAUGGGUUAUAUGAUUAUUAUUGUAAUAUGUAUUAUAUUUUUCGACGAAACUUUGAACGCUGUAUCUCAUUCGUCGAGGACACAAAAGCGUUACUACUCGCGCUAGUGUCGAAUCUAUAUUUAUAUGUGAUCAUAAAGAAUAUGGCAUAAUGGACUGCGUUAACGAUAACUGUAAGCAUUCACUGAGAGCAUAAUUUUUUACAUUGAUAUUAAUAAGCUGGUCAGUAAACUUUAUGUAAUAUUAAUAUAGAUGUGUAAUAACGGGGUGAUCGUUUCUUUUGUCUCACUUCAUCUUCACUAUAAGCAAAAUUUAGACAAAUUAUAUAAAGUGUUGUGUCGCUAUUAUUAUCGAUAGAAUUCUACAUCUAUUCUUCUUUGUGAUUUUUUUUUAGGAAUAUUGGAAGUAAUGUGAUUGAUACGGACGGACUGAAUAUAAGUAUUUAGAGAAACUUAAGUUUAAAUAUUCAACAAUUUUGAUUGAUAUUUUUAUGAUUUUUGGAUAACACGAUUUUUUUAAUCAACUAGGACAUACAUGCGCGCGUUACACGCGCGCCUUUUUUUCUUUUCUUUCCUUUCUUUCCUUUCAACUUAAACUUGUCAAACAGCUGUUAAAAUAAAGCUGUCAAAAUACAAACUGUCAAACACAAUCAUCUUUAUGACAACCGAUCGAUAAUAAACAAAAUCGCGAACUUGGCGAUUGAUAAAUCGAUCGAUAACUGUUGCAACGAAAAAAGGCUUCAAAAGUAAAUAACAUGCUUCUUUUGUAAGAUCGAUCACAUUACUGAUAUUGAAAUUUAUUUUUUUUUACACUAAAUAUUUUCUUUUCUCGAAGGUAAUUUUUCUUUUUUGACGUUUACGAAACAAACCAAAUCUUAUCAUUCAAUGAAUCUAAAUUAGUACUUACUGCUUUUUUGCUCUAUAGAUAACGGAAUAUUCUAAAUGCUAUGAUGAACGUGUAAAUUUGACAGAGUUACCUUUUAAACCGCAAGAAAUUUGGGAGCGAUUGCAUUUAUACCAAAAGAAUGUCGCGCACUUUUUAAUCUCUUCGAUGUCUCUGUAGCGUAAUAAAGUUUGUAAAUACUUUGCUAUUCGUAAAUGCGUAUUCUUGCCAGCAACAAUUUCUUCCUACAAAAUAAUCUAAUCGUGCUUCAGAAAGAGGUCUCUAUCUUAUCUAUACAUGUAUAUAAGUGGGACUAUCUUCGGCUCGUGGAAGAUUAACAAAGAAAACUUUCGAGAGUUAUAUAUAUAUAUAUAUAUAUUGUAUACGUACCCUAUUCUUGUACUGUAUCGUUUUUUGUACAGAACUAUGCACUAGAUAUUGAACUAUAGUGACUGUCCGGUGUAUAGUAGCGAUUUCGAUCGAUCAAGAUCGUCGAUCGAGAUAUUUGAUAUUUUUAUAGUUCGCGAGUACAAAUCUAAGAAGUGGUGAGUAGUACUGGCGAAUUAUUAUUGUAGUAAUUUUAUAGCGACAAUUUAAUUUUUCAGCAUUACGAUCCAAAGUGUGGCUAGUACUGUCUGCUUAUUUGUUGAUGCAUUUCAAUGAUUCGACUGAAUAUCUUAAAUGUUACUACCGCUACGUUUAUACAAAAGCUAUGAUAAUGAUUCAUUGAAUAUCGCGGUUCUUCGCGCCAGGAAUAUAUUCGAAUAUUUCUCUGCCUUUUUCGCCGAAAAAAAAAAAAAAAA